AUGGAGCCACUUCAAGUAGAUGUCGUUUACUUCUACCCGAGGGACAAUGCACAGGCCCACAACACACAGAAAUAUGAAGUUGUAAAUGAAGAAAACCCAACGGUCACUAUCGUGAGGAGAGGGCAGCCUUUCUCUGGUGUCGUCAGGUUCAACAGGGACUUCGAUGAAAAUGAGGACACCAUCCAAUUGGUGUUCAUUAUUGGUGACAAGCCAAACCUGGAUACUCAAGGUUCGAUGUACAUUCGCCGUGAUGCUGUUCCUGACAAACACAGAUGGAGCGCCAAGAUGCUCGACGUACAAGGAAACACAGUCUCGUUCCAGCUUUCAACACCAGUAACCGCACCUGUGGGAUCCUGGGUCCUCCGAGUGGUGACCAGACUUAAGAGUUCUCCUCAGAGGGCUGUGUACGACUUUGACCAGGACCUGUACAUCCUCUUCAAUCCAUGGAAUCCUGAUGACCAGACUUACAUGGAGGAUACUCAGCUCCUUCAGGAGUAUGUGAUGAAUGACGUUGGCAAAGUGUGGGUGGGACCUCUGAAGACUACGCGUGGGAAACCCUGGGCGUAUGGCCAGUUCGAUCAACAUGUCCUGCCAGCUUGCAUGCUAAUGUUGGACAGAGCCAACAUGCCUUACAGCCACCGUAGCGAUCCAGUAAAAAUGGCAAGAGUUAUUUCCCAAAUCGUCAAUGAGAACGACGACGGCGGUGUGCUGGUCGGCAGAUGGGACGGAGAAUACGAAGAUGGCACAGCCCCCUCAGAAUGGACUGGCUCUGUGGAUAUCCUGGAACAAUUCCUGGAGACACAAGAGCCGGUAGCCUAUGGACAAUGUUGGGUGUUCGCUGGUGUGGUCACUACCGUAUGCCGUGCUUUGGGCCUCCCAUCCAGAGUCGUGUCUAACCUAGUGUCUGCCCACGACGCGAACAGCACCUUGACAGUUGACAAAUACUACUCUGAGACCAUGGAAGAGUUAGGCUUCGAUCCGAAUAAUGAGAAUACUAACGCUGACUCCAUCUGGAACUACCACGUGUGGAAUGAUAUCUGGAUGGCCAGGCCUGACUUGCCUGCAGGCUAUGGGGGAUGGCAAGCUAUUGACGCUACUCCUCAAGAAACAUCUCAGGGAAUAUUCCGAUGCGGUCCAGCUCCACUUGAAGCCAUCAAGCAAGGAAACAUAGGUGUUAAUUACGAUGUUGAAUUCAUGCUCGCAUCUGUUAACGCUGACCUGAUGAGGUGGAGGAUCAAUCCUGAUGAUGAGACUGGAUACUCCAUGGUGGAUAGCAACCAAUAUCAUAUCGGGCGCAUGGUCCUUACAAAGAAGCCGUAUGUAUUCGAUCCCAAUGGCGAUGGAGACAGGGAGAACAUCACUGACCAGUACAAGUUCCAAGAGGGAACUCCAUCAGAGAGGCUGGCACUAAUGAAUGGUGUUCGUUUUUCCGAGAGGGCUAAGAGGUAUUACCAGAUGCUCAGCAACGCAGAGAACGAUAUUAAAUUCAAGUUACGGGACGUAGACACAGUACAGAUCGGUAAAGACUUCAGGGUUGUAGUGGACAUUGAAAACAGUUGCAAUGAGGGACGGAACAUCAAGGCAUCUUUGUCCACUACCAGUGUGUUCUACAACGGCGUAAGAGCUGAAGUUGUAAAAAAAGUCGAAGGAAAAAUGUUUGUUGGGCCAAAUAAAAAGGAACAGAUCAGUAUCGUAGUGAGGGCCGACGACUACCUACCCAAGUUGGUGGAGUACUGCAACAUGAAGAUAUCAGCGAUGGCAAUCGUUGACGAGACCAAGCAAUCUUGGGCUGACGACGAUGACUUCCAAAUCAUCAAGCCGAAUAUUAAUAUCAAGUUCAACGAAGACCUAAUACUAGGCCAGCCAGCAGUAGCAGUGCUGUCUUUCACAAACCCUCUGGAGCGUACUCUGACGGGAUGCGAGUUCCGUGUGACGUCGUCUGGUAUUGCGGGCCGUACACUCAAGCUGCCUGUGCCUGAAGCUGGACCAUUGGAACUGAUCAAAGCCGAACUCCCGAUACAACCUAAUAAAGAGGGAAAAAUCAACUUCGUAGCGACAUUCAAGUCAGUUGAACUGAAGGACAUAAACGGUGCAGCUAGCGUAGAAGUCUUCGAGGGAUAA